AGAGCACGAAUGUCAAACACAACCAAGGGAGAUCUCCUCUGCCCCCUGCUGCAGGACAUGCAGAGGCACAGCCUCAACAACAACAGAGAGGCCAAUUGGGCAGUGGUUUGCAUCCACGGUCUGGUUUCCUGCCUGGGGAUUUUGGAGAAUGCCCUGAUCUUGUGGGUGGUUGGCUUCCGCCUGCGGCAUCGCACCGUAGCCUCUGUCUGGGUGCUCAACCUGGCCAUGUCUGACUUCCUGGCCACCCUGACACUUCCCUUUUUCACCUCUUACCUUUACUACUCCCACAGCUGGGAGCUCGGCAACCCACUCUGCAAAACACAGGCUUCCAUCUUCUUCUUAAACAUGUUUGUGUCUGCCUUCCUGCUGGCAGCCAUUUCACUGGACCGAUUACUUCUGGUCGUCAAGCCAGUGUGGAGCCAGAAUCAUCGGUCAGUGGCAGGAGCUUGGAAGGUGUGUGUAUUGGGUUGGCUAUGGGCAGCAAUUAAUACAUUGCCUUACACUGUAUUCCGUUCAGUUACUAAGAGAUCGGAUGGGGGUAAUUUGUGCUAUCAUAAUUUUGCCUUGAUUUUAUCCUCUCAAGCCACUCUGGAGAGAGAUUGCAAAGUGAGGCAGGCAGCAACAGCCGUCUCCAAGUUGCUGCUAGCAUUCCUCUUUCCCCUGGUGGUGAUUGCAGGGAGCUACAUCCAAAUAGGUCUCAACCUGAGGAACAGGAGCAAGAGGAGGAAGCAGAGCACCACCAGACUAACUAAUGCAGUGACUGUGUCAAACAAAGACAGAGCUUCAGGAACUACAAAUACCCCUACAACCACAAAAAAUUCUAGUAUCUUUCUCAAGCCUCUGGCCUCUAAUCCAUUUUUAACCUUGACACCUACUACCUUGUCCACCACCACCUCCAAUCAGACUAAUCAGGGCCAGCUCUCCCAGAGCUUCAUUAAAAUGGUGACAUUUGUGAUUGCAGCAUUUGCACUGUGCUGGGCUCCAUAUCACAUUUUCUGCACGAUUGAACUGACAGCCCAGCACUGGAGGAACAAUCUUAACUUAGUGGAAGUGGGGCUGCCCCUAGCUACAACCAUUGCAUUCUUGAAUCCAGUGUUGAACCCCAUUCUGUAUACCUUCAGUUGCCCGCACUUCUGUGUGAGAAUACGACAAAGUCUGGGAGCAGUGUUUGACGGACUGGUCGAAGAGGACGGAGGGUUGCCGAUGGUCCCUGGGAGGAAUAUAAAAGCUCACAUUUGGCGGAAAAGCAGUCGAGAUAUGAGCCUUGCAACACCAGGACCACCAAAGGGUUCAUUUUCAAUCCAUAAUUCACCUGACAUCCACCCCACCUUUCCACCACCUUUGGCCUCUGAAGACAUUGAAGACAGUCAUAUGGAGAGUACAGGACAAGAAUCAAAAAAUUAG